GAAAAUGUUAAUUCAGAAGCUGUUCAGUGUCGCAUUGUUCAUUGCUCUAAGCAAUGCUAAAAAUGUAGAGCUCCAAGAGGCAGAUUCCACGGACACCAUUGAGUUAGAUGACAUCCCAACAACCAGCGCUGAGAGCAUUGAUGAGUGGGAUGAUCUGGAUUCCGACAACGAUACCAACGUGGAAGAACCUGCAACACGUGUCAACGGUGGCCGACCCGUCGCACAACUCGUUCCCUAUCAGGUGUCAUUGCAGAUGCCUCGAUUUGGACGUUACCAUCACUUCUGUAGUGGAUCCAUAAUUAGCGCUCAUCAUGUACUGACUGCCGCCCACUGUCUGGCCAACAUGAAUGCGAAUGACAUUAGCGUAGUCGCUGGCACGCUGACAUGGCGCAGAGGAGGCGAACGCCAUCGGGUCAUUGCUAUGCGCUCGCAUCCAAGCUUCUCAUCGAGCUCGCUAAUCAUUAACGACAUAGCGGUGCUGAAGGUAACGCCGCCAUUUAACUUGGGCAAAUCCACUUUAGGCACGAUUGCGCUGAGUGGAACGGCCCGCAUCGGAGAGAAUGUUCCAGUGCGCUUGACGGGUUGGGGCUCCCUUACGCCCACCGGAUCUAGCGGUUUGCCAGAGCAGCUACAAGUGUUGGACUACCGCACCGUUUCAAACAUGGAGUGUGCGCAGCAAGGUUUCCGCAUAACUGCUAAUGAGCUGUGCGCGCUGGGCGAGCGGGGUCGAGGCGCUUGUGUGGGUGACUCUGGCGGCCCACUUAUAACAUUGCACGGCUCACCACAGCUGGUCGGGAUCGUUUCAUACGGCACCGCAACAUGCGCCCAGGGUCGACCUGAUGUUUACACAAGAGUGUCAAGCUUUCUGCCAUACAUUAAUAAAGUAAUAACCAGUGAAAUGCCGUGAAGUUGUAAAAAAUCGCUAUUGUAAAAAUUAAAGCUUGAAAUUGUUAUUCAAACCGCAAAGAACUAGUCACUCAGUUAAAGGCACG